AUGCCACAUCGGUUAGAAUCGGAAUCAUUUUCAAAUUUAACACCUGUGGCGCAUAGUGGACAACAGCGCUCGCAAUCUCGAACUCGCAAUCGUAUGGUUGUUGAACGAACUGAAAUAAGACAAGAUUAUGAUAAAUGUGUCAAUGAUAGUGACAAUAGCAGAGGAGGAGGAGGAGGAUAUAUGCAAGUCGAGGUUUAUCAAUAUGAUUUGGUAUUAAAAUAA